AUGGAGACGAAGAACUCCUCCAAGAGACUCAACGUCCUGGUAUAUUCCGGUGCGCAAACCUACCCUGACUGGCGAGAAAACAUUCUGACGGCGCCUCCAGGCAAUGGCACGACCGUGGACUCCGUGCGGCAGUGUCUGUACACCUUGCGCCGCAUCCUGUCGCCCAACUACGCCGUCAUCCCCGUCACCGGCGAGAUGGUUGUCGGCGAGCCCUGGACCGCCUCCUGCGCCCUCUUCGUGAUGCCCGGCGGAGCUGACCUGCCGUACUGCAGGACCCUGAACGGCGAAGGGAACCGGCGCAUCAAGCAGUUCGUCCAGCGCGGCGGCAGCUAUCUCGGCCUCUGCGCGGGCGGCUACUACGGCAGCGCGCGGUGCGAGUUCGAGGUCGGCAACAAGAAGCUCGAGGUCGUCGGAGACAGAGAGCUGGCCUUCUUCCCGGGCAUAGCAAGAGGAUGUGCCUUUGCCGGCUUCGUCUAUCACUCGGAAGAAGGGGCCAGGGCGGCGGAGCUGCAGGUCUCGCGGUCUGCGCUGCCCGUGGGGAGCGUCCCGGAUACCUUCAAGUGCUACUACAACGGCGGCGGCGUCUUCGUCGAUGCGCCCAAGUACGCCGACCAGGGGGUAGAAGUGCUUGCCAGCUACACGGAGAAGCUACAUGUUGACCCGGGCGAGGGCCAGGCGGCCGUUGUCUACUGUCCGGUGGGAGACGGUGCGGCCAUCUUGACUGGGCCUCAUCCAGAAUUCUCUGCUGCGAACCUGGACCGAGACGAGGCUUCGGCCCCUGACUAUUCCUCUGUCGUGGAUCUGCUGGCCAGAGACGACAAGUUCCGGACGGACUUUCUGAAGGCAUGUCUGGCCAAACUCGGUCUCCAGAUCAACCAGGAUACAGCUACGGUACCGUCCCUCUCUCAGAUCCAUCUCUCUGCCCUCGAGCCAGGCGCUGCUCUGCAGGUUCUGUCCUCUCUGGACGAUGUCGUCACCACAGAGGAUGGCGAGGACUACAUCAAGGAUGAUAAUGAUACCUUCAUCCUCGAGAAGCGGCCGUCCUCCAUGAAGAUGAACAAGGUUGCAGAGGCACUGCCAGAAAGCUCAAGCACUCCGUCGACCACGACUGAGGCUGCUGCUACUGACGUUGAGGACAGAAUAGUCGAUUAUAACGCCGUCGUCAAGCGGCUGGUGGUUAACGACGAGCUACCAGAUACCAAGACGACCCCUUACUUCAACCACCAUGCCUUUUACUCGAACCUGAGGGAGUAUAGACACCAGUCGAAAGAGGACUCCCGGGCCUUUGGCUCGCAUAUGCUAUAUGGUGAAGUCGUUACCAGUACCAAUACCAUUUUAGAAAAAAACUCCCGUCUACUACGAAGACUACCCAACGGCACCACGGCCACGGCUACCGUCCAGGUUGCCGGUCGUGGCCGUGGUUCGAAUGUCUGGGUCUCUCCGCCAGGCCAGCUCAUGUUCUCCGUCUGCGUUCACCACCCAGUCGACAAGCUCAUGUCUGCGCCUGUAGUCUUCAUCCAGUAUCUCGUUGCCAUGGCAAUUGUCCAGGGCGUCAAGACCUAUGAUAAGGGUUACGACACCUUACCAAUAAAAUUAAAAUGGCCAAACGAUAUAUACGCCCUGGAUCCAUCUGAUCCAACCUGCAAAACAUACACCAAAAUAGGCGGCAUCCUCGUCAACGCCCACUAUUCAUCAAGCGAAUACAUCGCCGUGGUAGGCGCAGGCCUCAACGCUCUAAACCCAGCCCCCACAACAUCCCUAAACGCCCUCCUACAAACCUUCAAAACGACAUCAAACCCAGAACCUCCGUCUCUGGAAAAACUCCUAGCCCGUAUCCUUACCACCUUCGAAGAGUUGUAUGCCCGCUUCCUCCGCACUGGCUUCGACAAGGAGUUUGAAGACAUGUAUUACUCCAACUGGCUUCAUAUGGACCAGAUUGUCACGUUAGAGGCCGAGGGCGGAGUGCGUGCAAAGAUCAAGGGUAUCACGAGGGACUAUGGACUUCUGAUUGCUGAGGAGUUGGGAUGGGAGGACCGGCCAACGGGGAAGGUCUGGCAGUUGCAAAGUGAUAGUAACAGCUUUGAUUUCUUCAAGGGGCUGUUGAAAAGGAAGAUGUAA